ACUGCCGCCAUCAUGGCUAACCUCAUUCGCUCUGCCAAGUCCGGUAAUGACUGGACUCUCAAUGGCAUGUACUCAUAUCACAUCAGCCUCAAUCAACUGGAUGCCCUUCCAUUCUAUGGCUUACAGGAGCUGCCACAACCCUUGGUUGAUCCCGAGCUGCUAACCAAUGCUGAUGCUGGCGCUAUGCAAAAGAUCACCAUGUAGAGUUGAUCACUUACCUUGACCUUGCCAUGAUCUCUGAAAAGGACUGCCAUGGAUGAUUUUGCCAUCAAGCUUUUCAAGACUCUGGGUUAUGUUCAUCAAGAACAAGUGGCACGCACAUGGAUAGACCUCCCACUCCUUUGUGAGCUGGCAAGGGAUCUGGACAGUUAUAAUAUAUUGUUGAAUCAUUAAUAAGAUAUAAUGG